GAUUUGGAGACAGAAAGGAGACACCUGGUUGGUGUCUUUGGUAGAACUGGGGCUGGAAAGAGCUCUUUAAUCAAUGCCAUCAUAAAUAAGGAGGGCCUGUUGCCUUCUGCAAGUGUCAGUGCAUGUACCUCAGUAAUGAUAAAGGUGGAGGCUACCAAUGGAUCAAAGUAUGAGGCACACAUCGAGUUCAUUACAAAAGAGGAUUGGGAAAAUGAGGUGCAGUCCUUAAAACAGGCUCUUGAAGAUCAUGAUGAUGAUGAUGAUGAUGGUGGUAAUGAUGAUUGUCUUGACCGUGAUGGAAAGUUAUCAGCACUGUAUGGAGAAGAGUGGAAAGAAAAAUCAACUCACAGCCUCAUGGACAACAAAUAUUUCAGAGAUAUUCCAGAGUUUCUGAAGCCCAAGAUAAAAAUUUUGGAAAGUGACUCAGCUGAAGGGUUGUCUGAAGAAUUUGUGAGAUAUACAAGAAGUGAGUCAAAUGAGACAGAAGAAGUAAAGAGGUGGUACUGGCCACUUGUGAAGUGUGUGACUGUCAAAGUGCCAGACAAUGAUUUUCUUGAUCAUGUCACACUCGUGGACCUUCCUGGAAACGGUGACUCUAACAGAAGCAGAGAUCAAAUGUGGACAGAGCUUAUUGCCAGUUGUUCUACAGUGUGGAUUGUGACUGAAAUGACUCGAGCAGCAUCAGAAAAAGAAGCCUGGGAAGUCCUGGAAGAUGCCAGCAGCCUGCUGGGAAAUGGUGGCGAGUGUCAGCAAAUUCAUUUUAUCUGCACCAAGUCAGAUCAUGAAAAACCAGAUGAUAUAAACAAAGUCAAGAAAGCAGUGAAGAAUGAAUUCAAAAAGCGGAAAACGAUUACGAAUCACUUCAGUGAGGAUAGUUUCCAAGUCUUCACAGUGAGCACCAAAGAGUUCCUCAAAGGGGAGAAUUCCUUGAGGGAAACUUGA